AUGCGCCGCGAAUAUGGCAGGCUGGGCGGCGGUGGGGGAGGGGAUUGGCCCUGCAGGCGCGCGCAGGGCAGCGGCGAGAGCGGGAAUGAGAUAAAUGAGGUUCCUUUCUUUGAUAUCCAGCUACCUUAUGAAUUGGCAUUAAACAUUUUUCAGUACCUGGGAAGGACUGAGCUGGGCAGAUGUGCUCAGGUGAGCAAGACAUGGAAAAUACUUGCAGAAGAUGAAGUGCUGUGGUUCAGACUGUGCCAACAGGAAGGGUACCUGCCUGAUGCCAGCAUCUCUGAUUGUUCCUGCUGGAAACUUGCCCUUCAAGAUUGCCGUGCCAAAGAGCGGACUUUAAGAACCAAUUGGAAGAACCGCAUCGGUGCUGUGAGCCAGCUGCAAUACGAGUUGGGUAAAGUUUUGUGUGAUGUUCAUUCCUGUGACGGAGUUGUCAUUGCUGGAUAUACAUCAGGAGAUGUGAGGUUGUGGGACACCCGCACCUGGGACUACACAGCCCCCAUCCUGGAACCAGUGCAUGGCUCUGCUGAUCCUGGACCUCAGCCACAUGUCUCCUUUGUGAGGAUAAACAGCUCUCUGGCUGUAGCAGCUUAUGAGGACGGCACUGUUAAUGUUUGGAGUCUCAUGAUAGGGCGUGAACCCAUCCAUCAUUACCAGCACAAUCAAAGGAUACAGGCUUUGGCCCUUGGCUCGGAGGGUGCAGCCAUAGCAACUGCAUCUGGCUUCCAGGUCAAGGUGGAAAGCGCUGAUGACAGGGGAUAUUGGCAAACUACUGCACAGUUUGAAAUCCAGAAAUUGGUCAAAUUUCUCCAUCUGGUUCCAGAUGUUGGGAGUCCAGUGCCUAUAGCAGCUGCUGAAGAUACCGUCUACAUCUUAAAAGCAGAAGAGCCAGGCAAAGUUCUCCAUUCUGUAUAUGGCCAGCCUGUCACAUGUCUAGAUGUAUCUGCCAACGAGGCAGCCUUUGGAGUAAAAGGCUUUGGCUGGCUGUUGAAUGAGACCAACAAGAUACUGCUCUACAACCUGGAAACAGGUCAGUGUUUAACAAAGCUAGGCAGCUCAUUGGGUGACUUCACAUGUGUCAACCUCCAGAAUUGUCCUCCAUGGAUGCUUGUUACAGGCAAUAAAGACAGGAGGGUCAGGGUAUACGACCUCCGAAAAAGCAAAUCUUUGUGCUCACUCUAUGCCCACCAUUUAGGAGUGUCUGCUGUGCAGAUGGAUGACUGGAAAAUUGUCAGUGGAGGAGAGGAGGGUCUGGUCUGCGUGUGGGAUCAGCGGAUGGGCACCAAGCUCUGGGAAAUGCAUGCCAGACACCCCGUCCGUCAUAUCUGGUUCAAUACUCACAGCCUCAUCACAGCAAAUAUCCCAGAUGAGAAGAACCCUCGGGGUGCCAGCAUCAUGGAUGAUGACCUGACAGCUCACCGUAGGCAUCGAGGAAUCAUCUAUGCCUACGAAUUCUCAGUGGACCAGUUGGUUCGAGAGAGUGUCCUUCCUAUUUGCCGUUCUUCCUAUGAUGAAGUGAUUGGUUACAACUACAACAUUGGCCUUGCUGUCCCCUAUGACAACAUUUAGGUAAUUUAGGAAUGGUUUUUCAUUGAUUUUCUGUGGUCCAGUCCACUAUGAACCAACAUGGAGCAGAAAGGAAAUAGGGAAUCACAAAAAAGGGAUUACUAUGAUUGCAUUGAUUUGAUACAGCAUAAUUAGUGAGCUGGGUUCUUGCUGAAAACUGAAGGUAUAUGAACUGAUGCUGAGGCUGUCCCCAAAAGUACCACUAGAACAUACUGAUAAUCCAGAAUGACCUUUGCUCUAGUCAGUGGAGAUUGAAGAAUAAGUGGGAGACUUAAACCUGGGGAAAUGGUCCAAUUCCUACUGGUCAUAGGAAGAGUGCUGAUUAUCCUCAUGGCAGAUCGAUGUGUCAAGGUGUGGGAAAGGAGACCCCUGAGUGGCAAAAUGAGAGAGAAUGCUUUCUCAACAGGAUCAUAAGGGCACAGAGAAGCUCAAACCUGUGCAUAUGCUUGGCUGUCCUGAGUGAAAGGAACGAGAACUGGGAGAAGGCCUACUGGAGAGCCGCAGCCUUGAGAUCUCUUUCCUGCAUAACAGCCUGUGUGUUUUGGAGGGCAUGUCCAACAAUCUGCAGCUGAACGAAGCGCAGUAUACUUUUCACAGGCGGCAACUCGCUCUCGUCCAGGCUGGAGCAGCAUGGAAACUAAGCUUGCCGUACACUUCAGAAUUCUUUUAAAAGACGUUUUAAUUUGAAAAAUGUCCAGACCUGUACAUUAAAGGUUCAUAAAUAUUUACUAUUGUAAGGAUUUGCCUUCUUAAAGGUUUUAAGGUUGGCUAAUCCCUAUGUAGUACUGGGAAAGGUUGUCAUUCCCCUGGUCUCUGCUGUACAGUGCCUUGUAUUGAACUGCCUCCCUAUACUGUAUCUGAAGUUGAUUUGAUUCUCUGGAUGUCUCUAAGAGUAAUUCUAUGAACCUUCGUAAAAUCACUGAGGUAACAUGAUAUUAGAGACUGAUCAUCCCCAUUUAGCAAAGCAGAGAGGACAUAGAUGGCAAACUAAAUGAUUAUACAAAUUCUGUCAUUCAUCUUCUCUGUGUGAUUAACCUAUGUUGACCUCUGAGAAUUGUACAUGCUAAAGGAUUGCUGGGUCUGACCCUGAAUAAGAGAAGUUAGAGCUAAGGCAUUGUCUACAGAGAGAGCCUGUGUUGAUUUAACUAAAUUUGGUUUAAAAACUGAUUUGGCUAAGCUGGCGCCAAAUCCUGCAUGGUUGUAACUGCCAUCAGUUUAAAACUGGUGGUAGUUCAUUUAGCUUACAUCUGUACUUUUCUGAGUGCAAAGCUAAACCAACAUAAAUCAUGUUUAAGUGGAUUCAGAGUGUCUACAUAUUUUCACUGGUUUAGCUAAAUGGGUUUAAAAUUAUACCUUUAUUUAAAUCAGCACAAUUUUUUGUAUAGAGCAGGCUGAGAAACUUUUUGUGAAAUGGUUUCUCUUUGUGUUGUCUCUGCACAUAAACAUUAGUCCCAGAGUAACGUCUCCUGCCUGAGAAAAGACAUCGUUUACAAUUAUUUAUUGUAUUUGUUUGUGAUGUUUUCCAUGACCCCCAAGUAAAUUUCUGUGUGUUGUUGAGUUGUAGCAACCCUGUUACUUUUCUCUAAUAAAUUGU